UCUCUAUCCAAACACACUCAUCUCCAAAUCCUCCUGAAAUGGAUGUCUUCAUCCUAAAACCCAAUCAACAUCCACUAUCUCCGUCCUUCACUUCUUGUAUUUCUCCGACUAUCUCUUUACGCCCACAAUUCUUUGGUCCUGAAUUUCGUCGUCCUUCUCGACGGAGAAAAUGUUGCGGCCUAGGGUUGGGGUUGGGUGUUCAGUUUCAUUCUCCAUCUGUUGGAAUAAGGAGGAGGUUUGUGUUCAGAACAGCUGCGGCUUUGGAUCCACAAACGGUUGUUGUUGUUGUCUCCUUUGUCGCUGUUUCAGCCCUCACCGUCUUCUAUUUCAAUUACUCCAACAAAAAGCAUGAUGAUGGAUCUAAUAAGAUAUCUAAGCGGCUUGAUCAUACGAAUUCUCAACAGGUCUCAAGUAUCCUAAACCAUACCUAUGAUGAACAAAACUCAUCUAAUGUUGGUCUCCAAGGUGAGAACUCUAGUGGAGGGAGCAAAUUUAUGGUGAAGGAAGCUAACAACAUUAGCCAUGAUUUUCCUGAUGAACGAGCACAGGUGCAGUACAAUGAAACAGUUUUGUUUUACGAAGAAGCUCUAAAAACAGGCACAUCAGUCUCUUCUGGUUGCGACACCAUUGCUUCUAGCAUUAUAGAACCUUCAGCAUCAUCCGAGGUUAAAUCAUCUUUCAAAAGGGAUUAUGUUAUGUUGGAAUCAUCUUUUGAGGAACCUCCUAACAUAACAGUAUUAUCAUCUCCAGAAUCACAUAGUGUGCUUCUUGGAUCAGGUGAUGUAUUGUGUAUUCCUCCCACAGAAAGAAAUGUUGUCUGUUUUGAUGAAAAACAUAAAACUGAGCAUGAUUCUGAGCUGCCUAAGCUAAUGGUGGAAACUGAAUUAAUUGCUGCUUCUGUUCCUGCAAACAGUAAGGUGGCAGGAGGUAAUGUUAUACUAGAGAAAAACUAUGUGCUCACUAAAGAACGUGAUGUGAGCAGGUAUAGUUUUGCAGCUAUGAAGUCCACCUACAAGGGGUUACACUCAUUCUAUGAGGCAAAUCACUAUGCAAUGAGUUCAAUGGAAAAUCUUAGUAGUACAGCAAGGCCUGGGAUAUCCUCGUCAGGAAAUAAAUGCUUUUCUUCGCGAGCGAGUAGUUCCAUAUCUCAAAGUGAAAGAUUUUCUGCAAAGGACUUUCUUCAUGCUGCAGAAAAGUUUGAGGCUAAGUUACCUCUUGGAAAAUCUGAAACUGGCCCUCUUGAUGGAAGAGGAGACUUCUGGAAGAAAAGAGUCUCUUGCACUGAAAAAGAAAAAACUAUGCUGACUAAGGAUGAUCUGAAACAUUUGUUCCCCACAUCACAACUUAAAAAACAAGGAAGCAGCAAAGAUUAUCCCUCACAGCAGUUACGUGCUUAUCAUCGCUUUCUCAAAGAGGGCAGGUUAACUGACUGCUUAGAAAGGCUUGAAUAUCUGGAAAGAAAAGGUUUAUUAGACAUGAAUAAUGUUUAUCAUAUGGGGUUUCUCCGGGUGUGCAGAAGUCAGAAAGCUGUGAAGGAAGCUUUCCGUUUUAUCAAUCUCAUUCCAAAUCCGACCUUGAGCACAUUUAAUAUGCUUAUGUCUGUUUGUGCAUGCUCUCAAGAUUUAGAAGGAGGUUUUGAGGUUUUGCAACUUGUCAAGAAAGCUGGAUUUAAAGCUGAUUGCAAACUCUAUACUACUCUGAUAUCUACUUGUGCUAAGAGUAUAAAGGUCGAUACAAUGUUUAAGGUUUUCCAUGAAAUGGUCAACCUUGGAGUUGAGCCAAAUGUUCACACAUAUGGUGCACUUAUUGAUGGUUGUGCCAAAGCUGGGCAAGUGGCCAAAGCAUUUGGUGCCUAUGGAAUUAUGAGGUCAAAGAAUGUGAAGCCAGACCGAGUUGUAUUCAAUGCGCUUAUCAGUGCAUGUGGUCAAUCAGGAGCAGUAGAUCGAGCAUUUGAUGUCUUAUCAGAAAUGAGGUCUGAGACACAUCCUAUUGACCCAGAUCAUGUCACAGUUGGAGCCUUGAUGAAAGCAUGUGUGAAUGCUGGUCAGGUUGAACGGGCUAGAGAGAUAUAUCAUAUGAUUCAAGAAUUCAACAUCAAGGGCACUCCUGAAGUUUACACCAUUGCUGUUAACAGUUGCAGUGGAAAUGGUGAUUGGGAGUUUGCAUGCAGUGUCUUUAACGAUAUGACAAAAAACGGGGUCAUCCCAGACGAGAUGUUUUUCAGUGCAUUGAUGGAUGUGGCAGGGCAUGCUGGGAAGCUGGAUGCUUCAUUUGAAAUUCUACAAGAAGCCAGGAAGAGGGGAAUAGAUGUGGGAAUCAUAUCAUAUAGCUCACUGAUGGGAGCAUGUAGCAAUGCAAAAAACUGGAAGAAGGCACUGGAAUUAUAUGAAUAUGUCAUUAACUUGAGGAUGAAACCAGCGGUGUCGAUGAUGAAUGCCUUAAUUACUGCUCUGUGUGACGGAAAUGAGCUUCCUAAGGCUGUGGAAAUUCUGUCAGAAAUGAAAAAGUUGGGCUUAUGCCCAAACUCCAUCACAUACUCCAUUUUAUUGGUGGCAAGUGAAAAAAAGGAUGAUCUUGAAGUUGGUCUUAUGCUUCUUUCUCAAGCAAAAAAGGAUGGCAUUUCCCCAAAUCUUAUAAUGUGCAAGUGUUUGAUUGCAUUGUGCUACCGGAGAUUUGAGAAAGCUUGUAUGGUUGGGGAACCCAUUUUGUCUUUCGACUCGGGAAGGUUACUGAUAGACAGCGAAUGGACAAGAUUGGUCUUGAUGGUAUAUAGAGAAACAGUUAAUGCUGGUGCAGUCCCUACGAUAGAAGAAUUAUCGCAGGUCCUGGGAUGCCUACGGCUUCCUCAAGAUUCAUCCUUAAAAACCAGACUGAUCGAGAAUCUAGGAGUAAUUGCUGAUACAUCAAAAGGGUCAAAUCUCUGCUCUCUUAUUGAAGGCUUUGGGGAAUAUGAUCCCCGUGCGUUUUCUUUGCUCGAGGAAGCUGCUUCACUUGGAAUUGUUCCUUGUGUAUCGUUAAAAGAAAGUCCGAUAGUUGUGGAUGUGACAAAAUUACCAAUAUAUACAGCUGAGGUUUACUUCUUGACGGUCUUGAAGGGUCUUAAGCAUCGACUAGCUGCUGGUGUAAAAUUACCCAACAUAAGCAUCGUGCUACCUGUAGUAAAGACACAAAUUGAGGGUGAUAAAACAAUGAAUGUUGCAGGAAGAGUUACCCAGGCCAUUUCAGCAUUAUUGAGAAGGCUAAGGAUUUCAUACAUUGGAAACGAGUCAUUUGGAAAAAUCCGAAUAAAUGGCGUGGUUGUGAAGAAGUGGCUUUCACCCAAGCUUGCUAUUAAUUACGGUGGAAAACCAACAGAUUAUUAUAACUACUCACGUUUGGGUAGAGGAAUCAUUAAUCAGCAACGUCACAUCCGAAGUGGCAAUUUGUCCUACGAGUGAUCAUCAUCUUCUGAUAGAUAUAUAAACAUCAUGUAUGCCGAUAUCAUCAUGCAUGGUCUAUCCCUAUUAAUUAUAUAUAUCCAAGCUAUAUAUAUAGGUACAAAUUUUGAUAUUGGUUUUUGUAUACAUGCAGUUUACCUCUAGGGGGAACAAUAGGCCUUUGAUGGUCAAUAGCUAGCUAGAGAACAUAUAUAAUAACAAGGUUUAAUUUAGGCUCAAGUGAAUCUUGAAGGAGUAUUGUAGCAGAAUUACUAUUACGAUCGAUGCUAUACAUAUUCUCUAUGAUUAAUUUUCUA